UGUGAGUUCUGGAAUGACGGCGUCAAACCAAAAUUGCAAGCAAUGUUCAAACAAAUUGAAGAGAAAGGAAGUGACACAUCAAGGAACAACACUAAUUACGCAACAUGCGGACGCUUCGGAGAUGGUAACACUGAUAGUGUUGAAAGAAAGGCUUGUAAUCAUAUCGCGGAGGGACUAAAAUACAUAAAAAAAAAUGCAAAGAGUGAUAAUGACCAACUCUUCGAAGGAACAGUUGCUUGUAUUGCUCUUAACAUGUACGCAAAUAACAUAAUUAAAGAGUCCCAAGAUAAAUGCCCCAUUGAUGAAGCAAAAAUAACGCAAAUGUUUAAUUAUUGGAAUAUAAUUAAUAAUUCCUCGUGUUUGGACUCUGGUGGUAUUACUAAUGGUUGUUUUAAAUGUAAUAGGUUAGAAAACUCAGACUUUGGUGGUUGCCACCUGAGCGUCGCAGACGCUCUGGUGGCAACAUCACAAAAUAAUUGCAAUACUAACGCAACUGAGGCAAUUAAAGUCCGAACUGAAAUGAAAGUACUCCUCGAAGACAACGACCCAUCCAAAUCCAUCCCCCAAGUGAAGACCACCUUAUCCGAAAUCACUAACACGAAAUCUUCUUUCUGUACUCAACUCCAAUGUGCAGCAAAACAAUACUACGCAAAAGUCAAAAGCAAGCCUCCUGGAAAUAGCACCGGAGUGAAUUGGGAAGAAAUAAAUGAUGUCGUUAAAGAAGAAUUAACGAAACUUAUAGGACAUAUUACGAAUGAAGAUAAAUGGAAAGACGUUGCCGCACUGUGCGGCAACGUCAGUUCUUCGACGUCAAACGAUACACCAGGAGAAGAAAAGGCAAAGCAAAAAGCUUGUAAGCUUUUUGCUUCAGGUUUAAAACACAUUUCUGAAAUUAAGGACGACACCAACAAGGAUGUUGUACCACUUAGGAAAACUAUGAUGUGCGCAGCACUUAAUCUUUAUGCUGAUCAAUUAAUAAACAAAUCAACAGAACAAUGUCCUCUCGAUAAACAAAAAAUGACGGACGUAAUAGAUGCCACCUUUCUGAAGAGUGAUGCCAUUAUGAAGAAUGGAGGAACUUCAUGUUCAGGUGUUAGUAAUGGUACUAAUUCUUGUUUUAUUUGCACGAGGCAUAGCCCUUUUCCUCCUUGCCAAAUUGGCAGCAUUUCCACUGACAAAGUAAAGGAGAGAAUGAACGAACUCCUCGAACAGAAGAAAAGUGAAACCAAAAUAGACGAAACACUAGACAAAAUAAACAGUAAGGACACUUUCUGUACUCAAAUCCAAUGUGCCAUCAAACAACACUACAACAAAAAUAAAAACAAAAAUGGACAGUCAGGUGUAAUGACCACACCUAAUUGGAGCGAAAUCGAAAAUGACGCCAAAGGCGAAUUAUCGAAACUUCUAGGACAUAUGUUGCAACCUUCGGAGCAGAAUGCAGUUACCCAAUACUGCCAAGACUACGAUUGGUAUACUUUAGGCCAUAAACAAAGCAAAACAAAUAAAGCAGCUUGUUUACUUUUUGCUGCAGGAUUAAAGAACAUUUAUGUCCGCGGUAAGGGCCAGGUUAAGGGCCCAUCGUUUGAACAAACGAUGGGUUGUUUAUUUCUUAAAGAAUAUGCAAAACAAUUAAAAGAAUUGGCAAAAAAGGAAAAAGAGUAUAAGGUACAUCCUAAUUGUAGUGUAGAUUCGGGCAUAAACUACGCUUUUAGCAAAAGUAAAAACAUUAUGGAAGAAAUACGUCAAUGCAAAGAGAAUGUUAAUAAAGACUGUUUUGAGUGCAAAAUUGACAUAGAUUAUGAUGAUUGCUCCAUUGGCAAUGCCAAGGUAGGAAGUGAAGUUAAUAAAAUGUUCGAAGACCCACCGAACAAAAACCAUAUGCAACAAACUUUAGAGAAUACAGUUUGUCCCAUCCUUCUUACGGAUAUCCUUACCCCUUUUCUUCCUUUGGCUCCUGUCUCUAUUGGCCUUUCUGCUAUGGCUUAUUACCUUUGGAAGUACUUUGGUCCUCUUGGUAAAGGAGGAGCACGUUUCCGAAGAUCUCCUGCUGAAAUUCCUGGCCCAUCAGUACAAGAACAAGUCCUUGAUCAUGUGCAGCAGGAUAGUUCACAUGAAUAUCGAUUGGUGAAGGAACGAAAACCUCGUUCUGUUCCAACGAGAACGAAACGUUCUGGUCGCGUGAAUCGUCGAACGAUUAUUGAAAUUCAUUUUGAAGUGUUGGAUGAAUGUCAAAAAGGAGACACACAAUUGAACCAGAAGGAUUUUCUGGAACUUUUGGUUCAAGAGUUUAUGGGAUCGGAAUUUAUGGAAGAAGAACAGGUUCCUAAGGAAGAGGUUCUUAUGGAAGGGGUUCCUUUGGAAGGUGUUCCUAUGGAAAGUGUUCCAAUGGAACGUGUUCCAAGUUUAGGUUCCGGGUUUAUGGUUUAG